CCCACUUCACAUCUAUCUCUCUCUCUCUCUCUCUCUCUCUCUCUCUCUCUCUCAAUUGCUCUUUGAAAAUGAAGUGUUCUCACAUAGCACUGUUUGUUACACUGGCUUUGCUUCUGAUCAAUGUGCCGGUUUCAGAAUCGGUCACGUGCAACCCCAUGCAGCUAAGCUCAUGUGCGAGUGCGAUCUUGGCGUCGGCACCACCGACUAGUGCAUGCUGCACCAAGCUCAAGGAACAGAAGCCCUGCCUUUGCCAGUACCUGAAGAACCCUAACCUUAAGAAGUACAUAAACAAUGGAAAUGCCAAGAGGGUGUCACGUGCGUGCAGCACUCCUUUCCCCAACUGCUAAAACCCAUUUGGGUGGGGCCCACCUUCUUCUACCGUAUUGAUCGCUGGUCCCAUUCCUCAUGUGGGCAAUCUGAUCAUAUAGAUUUGGUGUGUGGUUUUGAAGUACUGGUAGUAGUUUUUUAUGAUUGCAGUGCUCAUUUGCUAGUGUAGUUUUCAUGUGUGUUUUUUCAAGUACUAGCUACUUUGGUUUAUGAAGUGGGCCAUCUCAUCAUA